AUGCCUCCAUCCUCGAAGCAAACAGUAUCAGCAGCGAGCAUCUUCAAACAGCACCCAAAAGUCGUGAUAAAGUCGAAGGCUACUCCGAUUCUCCACGCGUCCAAAGUGCAGAAGCCGGUCCGCGCAAAACCGGGAUCAAGCAGCAGCCCAAGAAAGGCGGGAAAGAAUGGCUGGAGGAGGCAGGAUGAGCUGCACCCUCUUGCAGCAGCUUUUAACGACACAACGCGCGCAUAUCGCCAGGCCCUACGUGAUAACACCACGAAGAAGCUUGACGACACGUUCUCUCACCUUCUCAAUCAAUUGCACGAUUUCAACAUCACAACCUCAUCGUCCCCUCCCCGGGCCUCCGACCCGAACGCCUCACCCCAGAGAAUCACGAUAGCGGACAAGGCCGAUCGUACUGCUCAGAAGCUCUUCAUGCCGAUCGGCUUAUAUGAGGUGAUGGUGGCCAGGAACGACUUGAAUGGGACAGAGUAUAGAACGAAGCAGACAGUGGAGGACGGGCUCGCGGACUUUCGGGUCAGACACAAAAACAGGAUGGGCGAGAUUCGCGAUUUGGAAAAGAAAUGGGAAACUGUGGUUGGUGAGGUUUGGAAGGUCGGCAUCAGCUGCCUCGGCGAAGACGCUAUGUCUGCCUUGCUGCUCACGCAGUCAACAUCUCCAUCACCGCCACCUGCCCAAGUGGAGAGACACAGCCUGAUGCUUGCCGAUAUCGAUUCAAAGCCUGUGCGGAAAAAGGUCAAAUUCGAAGAGCCAGCCGCCAAGCUGCCGAGGUUCCUCUCCGCUGCUUCUAGGUAUCUGGUCAUACCUGUCUCGGAACAGGUCUCGAAAACGGAUGUCAAAACGCUCAAGGAGAAGGUCAAUGAAUUUGGCACUGAGGAUAUUGACGCACUCGCGAAGGUCAAGAAGGAUGGAGAUAAAUGGUGGGAGAAGAAGCAGGCGCAGAUGAUAGUUGCUCUGCAGAAGGAGGACUGA